GUGAAGGGCGUGCUCCUGGCUGAGGGAAAAAGUGUGUGAGCCUGGCCCUAAUGCGGAAUCUCAUUAAGGCAACUGUCAGGAUUCUUCUAUUUUACUCUCACCUCUCCUAUUCCGUAAGAGCCCGAGUGUCGUUUCGAGUCCAGCACCCGCACGUGGUCGAUAGUUACUGACUGGUUCGGGCCCUUUCCUGCCUCGGCUCCGUAACAGACAUGGCGUACAGGAAAGUGCGUGCUGGCCACGGUUCUCUCCGUGUGCGGGAUCUGGAGAGUGUGGAGCUUCACACAGCUUCCCUGGAACUGGAAUGGGACAUGGAGAAGGAGCUGGAGGAACCGGGCCUGGACCGCUUCCAGCUGGAGUGUGUGGAGCAUCAACCUGUGAGCAGCUCUUCUGGCGGGGGCAUGGACCCAGACCUGGAACCAAUUCAACCCUCCGUUUCCCCUCACGGACGUUUUGAGCGUCUCCAGGAGGACCCUAAUUACGUCUCUCGUUUCAGCCGAGCGGUACCCAAGGGCCAGAGAUGGAAUGGGACCUGCCUGGCUAAAUACCUGCUAGCAGGGCUGGGUGUGUUUGCUCUGGGGCUGCUCAUUGGACGAUAUGCCUUCAGCAGGGAGCAAGUGAAGGUAGAGCCAAGUGCAGACACAGAUGUGCUGGAGAAGAUUGUUCAGGGAAUCACAGCAGAGAAAAUACAAGCGGUGCAGAGGGACUUUGACAGCUUGUCCGAUCUCACAGAAGAGUCCAAGGUCAAGUACAUCGCUCAGCGGUGGGAGGAGCUCGGAUUAAAAGACGUCCGGGUUACUAAUCACACGGCUCUUCUGAGCUAUCCCGGACCCGCCCUCAGCACGAUCGUGGAGAAGAUUGGAAACCAAUGUUACCUGCCCAGCGGAGCGAGGUGUGGACAGCCAUCAACGUCUACGACUGAACCCUUUGCCUAUGCAGCCUACUCUGCUGUGGGAAGUCUAGUGGCAGAGGUGGUGGACGUUCAGUAUGGGAGCCCUGGGGAUUUGAGACGAAUCCAAGCUAGUACAAAUGUGACCAAUAGAAUAGCACUGCUAAAACUUGGACAAGCACCUUUGCUUUACAAGCUCUCUCUACUGGCAGAGGUGGGGUUUGGUGGCUCUCUUCUCUAUGUGGAUCCCUGUGAUGCCUCGUUUGGGAAUAAGACCUUUGGGGUAACCCUGAACCCAGGUGGGAACCCGUUUUCUCAAGAAAACUCCAGAGUUGCUGAGAGAGACAGUCGCUACAACCUGACAUCGUUGCUGGUUCAGCCCAUCUCUGCCUCCUUAGCGAAAAUGCUGCUCUCUGCCCCCGCCAUGGGUCAGGGAAGACCCUGUGUCCCAAUGAUCAUGCCCUCAGCCGCAGCAAGAAAAAUAAUAAAUCUCACCAUUGAAAACCAAGCAUCUUUCAAGACAGUGCACAAUGUUAUGGGAUAUCUCAAAGGCAAGACCAAUCCAGAUCGAUAUGUACUGGUUGGCAGUCAUCAUGGCAGCUGGUACGAGGGUGCGUGGGCGGACUGGGGUAGCGGUUCUGCAGUCAUGACUCAGAUCAUCGCCUCCAUGACGGCUCAAACCCGUGUGGGCUGGCUGCCUGACCGCACCAUCGUCUUCUGUUCCUGGGGGGGGACCUCAUUGGGCAACAUCGGCUCCUAUGAGUGGGGGAAGGAGAACGCAGUGGUACUUCAGAGCAGGGCAUUGGCUUAUGUCAGCCUCCACAGUCCCGUCAGAGCCCCUGGAUCCCUGCAGUCCACAGCAUCACCUUCUCUUCUGCAACUGGCAGCUGUCACCCAAAAGAGACAUUCGAUGAGUUGCAGUGGAGGAGAUGGUUGUCCUGGUCAGAAUGUCAGCUCACUGCAGACACCCGGAGAUGCCAGCUUUUUCUCUAACCAGCUUGCUGUCCCCACAGUGGAGUUCACAUACUCAGAGUUCCCUAAAUUAGAGAGAGCAUUUUUUCUCUCUGAGGCCUUUUUCCCUCCCGAGUCUUCAUUAAGAGAGACCUUGGAUCCAGCCUUCAAACUUCAUGAGACUAUUGCCAAGAUAACAGCUGAGGCCAUCCUGCGACUUGCUACAGAUCCCGUUCUUCUAUUUUACCCUUUGGAUAUCGCACUGGAUGUUCAGAACAAACUCAAAGAUGACCCACUGAGUCGGUCGGACCUGCUGAACCUGGCUGCAUCUUUGAGGGACAGCUCAGCCUUCUUCCAAUCUGAGGUCAUGCGUCCUGCCAAUGACCCCAAAGAGAGGGAUCCAGCCCAUUUACGCAUGCUCAAUGACGUCCUUCGAGAUCUGGAAAAAAGCUUCCUUAUCCCAAACCCUUUGCCAGGCUUUUACAGGAACAUUCUGUAUUGCUUGAGCAGACAAGCUCCACGCUUCUCUAUCCUGAAGGACGCCCUGGAGGUCCCUUGGCACAACAGCGUCAACCAGUCCCUUACUCUGGUGUCCAGUGCCAUCAGUUCAGCUGAGAAACUCAUUCAAAGUGGACUCGACCUUUUUGAGAAUUAAAAUGACAAGCCACAAUGACAGCUGGAAAGAGACCGCAUGGGGUCAGAAUAUGACGCAAACCCUGGGAUCUUCUUUCCGACACACGUUUCAGAUGGAUCUGAAGACACUUUGAGAACUAGGGGAUAUCAUUAUGAAGUGCACUAUUUACCUAAUGUUCACCAGAAGAAUUUCUUCAGGCCAUUACUAAGUUAUUGUUUUUGUUCCUCUAAUAACAUUCAAAAAUGGUUCAGCCUUUGUGGUUUCUAACAUCAGGCUAGGAAGAUUAAUGAGAAAAGAGUCAGAGAGCUAAACUCUAUAACUCGCGGGGUCGAGGCUUUUUGUUCUGAGAAAAAAACACCAGCAGGUUUAUCACCAACGUUUCCAGUCACAUAAACCCCAGAGGACGACUGGAAGUCAGGACUCAAAACAGGUUUUUUAUUGAAACAACUUGAUGUUUGAAACAUGUUUCAAAAUAUGUUAGAAUAUAUUUUAUUUGCUAGUCUAGCCUACCAUUUUACAGAUGGGAAGCAAUGACCUUUGGGAAAGGGGAAAUGGUGUGAUCCGCAAUCAACAUGGAGUCGGACUUCACAAUGCAAAACUUACUGAUAGUAAAAAGGAAGGAAGCAGCAGCGGCGUGUGCUACUGUGACAGUCUCUCAGGGGCGUUUGUUUCAGAAUCUAGAAAGAAAGUAAUGGAACAAAAUAUUUGUUUCAUUAAUGUUUGUACAAAA